AUGUAUCGUUUUCAAACUGCUUUUCUCCAUCCUAAUGGAACUUUGGCAAAAAAUCACCAUCAAUCUAGUUAUAAGGUUGCCUUGCUUCAUGUUCUUAAAAUGAAAAAUGAUGAAAAAACUACAAAUUUUUUAAAACAGAAAGAAUCAUCUAAUAAUAAUGUUUAUUCUUUAAAAAUGCCAGAGUAUGUUGAAAGUUUUCUGGCAGCAGGUACAAGUUCUGGAAGUUCUAACACAAUGAUUGAUCAAUCACAAUCUGUAGCAAUAGAUGAAUUUCAAAGAAAUAGUGGAGAAAUUGAUAUGUUAAUUGGUUUUUUAGUUAUGAAUGGUGCUUGUAUAGUAUUCUUUUUAUUAUUUGGAUUAUGUGUCAUUUUUAAUUGCAUGAGACAAAAACCUAAAAUAUUCUCACAAGAUAAAAUUUAUAAAAAAACUCUUGCUAAGACUGUUGCAAAGGCUCCUGAUAAUAAAAAUGUUACAGUUUUACCUAAAGAUGCUGUAGUUAUUGAUGUACAGUCAAAAAAAUUUAAAGAACUUGUGUCAAAAGUUAUGAAAACUGAAGAAUUUGAAAAAAUGAAAAAUUUAAAAGAUGAGGUAAAAAUUGAUAUUGAUAAAUCUUCUCCUAGUAAAGAAUCAACAUCCAUACAAACAGAAUUAUUAUCAAAAAAACAACAACCAUCUGGAAUUUUUAAAUCAAUAGGUAAAAAUUUUAGUCAUUCAUUAAAAUCUACUGCUUUAAUAUCAAAUGAUGGUAAAAAAGUUAGUAUAAAUAUAGAAAAUGGUGAAACAUUAGCACUACGGGAAAAAAGUGAAUCUCCUCAUAAAGAAAAAAUUCAUUUUAUUGAUUCAACAGAUACUAAUAAUCAUAUUUUACUUGCUGAUCAAAAACCAAGUUCACUUAUCAGACAAAAUAUAUUUGGACCUUUAACUUUUGAUGACUUAUAUUAUACAUAA